AUGGUUUCCCCACGAGCGGAGGACGAUGCAAGUCCGAUGCUUUCUAAAGAGGAACCGAACAGUCUGUGUUAUUGUUAUCUAUCUAUCUAUCUAUCUAUCUAUCUGAUCAUAUAUAUCAUUUUGAUCAUAUCUAUCUAUCUAUCUAUCUAUCUAUCUAUCUAUCUAUCUAUAUCACCUUGUUCACAUUUAUCUGUCAGUUUGAUCAUAUCUAUUAGUCUGAUCAUAUCUAUCUAUCUAUCCGUUUGUUUAUAUCUAUCUAUCUAUCUAUCUAUCUAUCUAUCUAUCUAUCUCUUCCACAACUUCUUUGACUACCUCUCAUCAUACUUGUUUCCGUCUCAUUUGACGUCUCCUGGCUGUACCACUCCUCACACUAUCACUCCUAUCACCCACGCUCUUUUCUCCUCCUACUGUCUUUUUCUGCUUUUCCCUCACCAUUUCUCACUGUCCCCCCCCCUCUCUCUCUCUCUCUCUCUCUCUCUCUCUCUCUCUGUUAAAUUAUUUCUCAAACCAACGCCCAAAUCAAGCAUUCUUUUUGUGGUCGUCUCUUUCUCUCUUCUCUCACAGUUGAACUUCUCGAUUAUCCAUUACACUACCUUCAUAUCCUUUAUAUUACUCUUUAUUAAUCUUUCUUUAUCUCUCUCUCUCUCUCUCUCUCUCUCUCUCUCUCUCUCUCUCUCUCUCAUACUUUCUCCUGCUUGCUUGUCUGCAUCCCUUGAAAAUCAAUUUUCAAUAUCUUUGUUUUUUACUUGGGCUCGAACACCAAUCACUGGCAUUAGUCGGAAAUGUACAACUACUCUAUCCACCCGUAUCUAUCUAUCUAUCUAUCUAUCUAUCUAUCUAUCUAUCUAUCUAUCUUCGUAUAUAUGUAUCGGAUUCUCUUCGUAUCUAUCUAUCUAUCUAUCGGUUUCUCUUCGUAUCUAUCUAUCUAUCUGUCUGUCUGGCUACCUAUCUAUCUAUCUAUCGGAUUCUCUUCGCAUCUAUUUAUUUAUAUAUAGGGUUCUAUUCGUAUCUAUGUAUCUGUCGAUUUUUAUAUCUAUCUACCACUUUACCUCUCUCUUUCUCGCUCUCUAUAUCUAUCUAUAUUUGUCUCUUAUACCUAUCUAUCUCCAUCUGUUCAUUAUCUACCUCAGUCUAUUCUUUACUAUCGUAACUAUUGGUUUCUAUCUAUCUAUCUAUCUAUCUAUCUAUCUAUCGGAUUCUCUUCGUAUUUAUCUAUCUAUCUAUCUAUCUAUCUAUCGCUUUUUAUAUCUAUCUACCAUUUUACCUCACUCUUUCUCUCUCUCUAUCUAUCUAUCUCAAUCUUUUCAUUAUCUAUUUCAGUCUGUUCUUUAUCUUUCGGAUUCUGUUCUAUGUAUCUAUCUAUCUGAUUCUGUUCGUAUCUAUCGCUUUUUAUAUCUAUCUGCCAUUUUACCUCUCUUUCUCUCUCACUAUCUAUCUAUCUGCCUAUCUAUUCUAUUCUAUCUAUCUAUCUAUCUAUCUAUCUAUCUAUCUAUCUAUCUAUCUAAUUCUGUUCGUAUCGGAUUCUGUUCGUAUCUAUCUAUCUAUCUAUCUCAAUCUGUCAAUUAUCUAUCGCAAUCUGCUCAUUAUCUCAGUCUAUCUAUCUCAAUUUGUUCAUUAUCUGCCUCACUCUGUUCUUUACCUAUCUACCGGUCUCUCUCUCUCUCUCUCUCUCUCUCUCUCUCUCUCUCUCUCUCUGUUUAUCUACCCGUUUGUCUGUCUGUCUCUUUCUAG